AUGCUUUCUCUCUCCAGAUUUCGACUUCCUUUGGUAGCUAUCCAACGCCGUUCCCUCACUACCAAUACCAAAAGGGUCCGUGGCCCUCAACCUAUUGCUUCUCAUGAGGUUAUCAAUUUGGAGCUUGACAUUAAGAAUCCUGAAGCCAAGAAAGUCUAUACUGUUCGUCCUGUCACAUUUUGGAUGGAUAAGGUCCUUGAGACCGAAAAUAAGAAAUCCUUGACCGAUAAUGUAUUUGAAGAUCGUCCCCAAAUUAUGAAAAAGAUGUCUGAUAGUUAUAUUGAGGAACUUCUUCCUUUCAAAUCAUCUCCUGACCUACUCGAUAAAUAUGUCACAGCAAAGGGAACCAUUAGAAUUGGCAAGAUCCUUGAAGAUCUCGAUGCCUUGGCAGGUGCAAUCUCCUACAAGCACAUUGAUACUUUCACUCCAGGUCCUCCCGUCACAAUUGUUACUGCAUCUGUAGAUCGCAUGGAGAUCCUCAUGCCAAGCACUGUUGAAGACAUGAAGAUUUCAGGCCAUGUGGCUUAUGUAGGCAGUAGUAGUAUGGAAGUAUUUGCCAAGGUGGAAACAAUUCCUCGAUAUGACCCCAGUAAACCCCACUUUUCUGAGUCGAACCCCGAAUUCUCUAUUACCAAGCCGACACCAAAUACCGUUAUCUUUGCUCGAUUUACCAUGGUAGCCAGAAACUCCAUUACUGGAAAGGCUGUCAAGGUCAACCCUAUGGUCCUCGAGAAUGCUGAAGAGAAAAAGCUGUUUAUGUAUGCAGAAGAUUGUAAAACAAGAAAGCGACUUGCUGGUGAAAAGGAUUUAAGCAAAAUCCCUCCCACUGCUGAUGAGCGCUUAACAAUUCAUGACAUCUAUAUAAAAAACUUGAAGGACGAAGAAACUGGACCCAACCCAAACACCGUGCCAAUGGAAAGCACUUGUUUACAAAGUGUAUUCCUGAUGCAACCUCAGAACCGCAACAUUCAGAACAACGUGUUUGGUGGCUAUCUUAUGAGAAGAGCAUAUGAGCUUGCACACUCCACUGGUUCUAUGCUUGUCAAGUCUCAAAUCAGUUGCCUUGCUUUGGAUGAGAUUGUGUUUAAAAAGCCCGUUUCUGUCGGAUCUUUGCUCAACCUGUCUUCAAAGGUUAUUUAUUCCCAAGGUGAACCUAGCAAAUCCUUCCAAGUGAGCGUCACUGCUAGAGUCAAUAAUAUCGAGGCUGGUACUUCUUAUGUCACAAACACUUUCUUCUUCACCUUUGCAAGCAACGAUAAGGCUGUGCCGAAAGUACUUCCAAAGACAUACGCCGAGAGUAUUCUGUACCUCGAGGGAAAGCGAAGACGGGAAUAUGGUCUUAAGGCCAAGAAAUCACUGCUCGCAUUGAUGCAGGGCUCAUCAGAAUAA